CGGGCAGAGGCACAGGCGCGGCCUUCGCCGCACCCACUGCGCCCGGGCGAAAGGCAGGUGCCGCCUCCCGCCCGUUCUGAUGUCUUCAAGCUGAAUUACCUGUCCCCAGGCUGAGUCUCGUCACCUUUUGUAAACGAAACUGAUGUCGUCUAGUAUUUUCUUCAAUGGAAGUUGCUUAAUGAAGAACUUUGUAUUUCAAGUAUCACGGCAGGAGGAGGCUUCACUCAGCCCUCCUGCAUGGGCAGGGAUGGCUCAUGGAGAAGCGGUGCCCAGGACAGCGCCAAGCAGUUGGAACCCCCUUGGAACAAGAGCUGACCACAGGCUGUGGCUCACCAAUGAGCCUCAGAGCAGCCUCUGGCGAGGACAUGCCUGAGGCUCUGCCAGGUAGGAUGGGAUCCAGCACAGGUACCUGCACCAUGCCCGCUAGAGACAGCCCACUGCCAAGCAUCCAGGCUUGUUCCUCCUCUUGUGGGCGCCAUCUCUUUUCCACCCACACCAGGACAGUGGGAAGCAGAGUGUGUCCGAGGGGUCAUGGUGAGAGUCCCCAUCCUCCUUCCAUGCCCAGGAGCAGGGAGGGUAUUGAGAGUCAGCAGGAGACUGUGCUGACCUUCCAUGUCUGCAAGGUUUUGGCCAGGUGCCUGAGCUGUUCCCACUGUAGGGGCUGUGUACCUUUGAGGAGGAUUUCUUCAGAGGCUGUAGAAAUGCCACCAGAGCCCAGGGCAGGACCCUCUGCGCCUUCACUGUGGCCAGUAUUGGAAGUGUUACAGCUCUUUAGGGAAAGGUGCUGCCCAGGACCUCAUUCUCUCUUUGCCACUUCCCAUCAGAGUCUCUCUGAUGUCUUUGAAGAGGAGGAUGGAGACCACUUGCACCCACUCGUGACAGCCUCUCCUGGGCACUGCAUGCCUCUCCCUCUGGAGAGGACAUGCUUGCCUUGGGGCUCCAUUACGAUGGUCAAGGGAAAGGAGUAUUUGGUGAGCUCAGGCUGGUUCCUGGCUCUCUGCUUGUCUCUGCAUCAAUGGAGCAGCAUGGGAGGUAGCAGUGAGGAAAAAUGCAUCCUGGCACUUCCCAGGAGUAUGAAUUUGCCUGCAAGGGGACACGGGGAAAAGGAACACAUAGGCCCCUUAGCACUGCAGAAGAGCUGUGGAUGUGCCGUAUCUUUCAAGAGUUGUAGGAACAGCUGCCAGCUGCCCCAGUGGUGAUGGUGACAUCCUGCCCCCCCACCAGGGAACCACACAGCUUGCCCUGCCACCCAAAAGGACCCAGGUAUCCUGCUUUUCAUGGGACAGGUGGCCAAGGCCAGAGUGGGCAGGGGCCACCCAAGGGGAUG